UUGCUUCGAGGGAAUUCGGUCGGAAUUUCUGUGACUUGCAGCUGCAAGAUGGACCGACAAGAGCGGGCCACCCGGGGAGCAGGAAGAGGCCCCGAUGCCACCAGGACAGGCGGUGGCAACAAAAACUGGGCCUCCAGGGGGAAGAAGAUCGUGGACACUGGCAUGGCGCUUUCAGAGCGACAGCGGCAGCAAUUCUGGGAGCUCUGCUACCAGGCGGCUGAAGGCCCCCGGAAGCUGUACAGCCGGCUCUGUCAUCUCGCCCGUCAGUGGCUGAAGCUGGAGCAGCAUUCCCAAAAUCCAGUCAUGGACCUGGUCGUCCUGGAGCAGCUCCUCGCCAUGCUGCCCCAGGAGAUGUCGAGCUGGGUGAGGGAAUGUGGAGCGGAGACCAGUUCCCAGGCCGUGGCCCUGGCAGAGGGGUUCCUCCUGAGCCUGGAGGAGGACAAGAAGCGGGAAGAGCUGCGGGUAGAGAAUCUUUUCGUGGAAGCAGUAUCUGCUUUUCCUGUGGCAAAGAAGGCUCCGUCAGCCAAAGGAAGGGGUUCCCAGCAAGAGGGGACCGAGCAGGAGAGCGACAGAGGUGCCACCUUGCAGGGGGCUGGAAUGAUGCCACCCAGAAUAAGUCCUCUCUCACAUCAUCCUCUUUGUGAUGGAGGGUUAGCAGACCAGGGCCUGGUGCUCUUUGAGGAGGUGGCUGUGUGCUUCACCGAGGAGGAGUGGGCCCUGCUGGAUCCUGACCAGAGAGCCCUGCACAGGCAGAUCUGGGAGGAGAUCUGUGGGACCGUGGCCUCUCUUGAGGCUGACAGAUGGGAAAUGGAGAGGAAGAGAGAAGCGUCUUGGAUGUCACUGAAAAAAGACAGAUGUAAAAACAGAGGGCAGCGGAAAAGAAAACCUGGAGGAAAGCAAGGGUGGAGGAAUAAAGCCUCUGAUUUCCAGGGAAGAGACUGUGAUGCAACCGAAAAAAAAAUAGGAAAAAGACUGGAGAAUAAGAGGUGCCUUGUUCAAAGAUCUUUCAACUGUAAAUCAAACCUUAAAACACGUUCCAAAAUUCAUCCUGGGGAGAAACCAUAUACAUGUUUGGAAUGUGGAAAGAGCUUUAGUCAGAAGACAAAGCUUUCUUCUCAUCAGAGAACCCACACAGGGGAGAAACCAUAUCAGUGUUUGGAGUGUGGAAAGAGCUUCAGUCAGAAGAUAAAUCUCACUUCCCAUCAAAGAAUUCACACUGGGGAGAAACCCUAUCAUUGCUUGGAAUGUGGAAAGAGCUUCAGUCAUAAGACAAGCCUCACUUACCAUCAAAGAACACACACAGGGGAGAAGCCAUAUCAAUGUCCAGAAUGUGGAAAGAGGUUCAGUCAUAAGAUAAACCUUGCUUCUCAUCAAACUAUUCACACAGGUAAUAAACCAUAUCAGUGCUUGGAAUGUGGAAAAGGCUUCACUCAGAAGAUAAAUCUUACUUCUCAUCAAAGAAUCCACACAGGAGAGAAACCCUAUCAAUGUUUGGAAUGUGAAAGGAGCUUCAGUCAUAAGACAAGUCUCACUUUCCAUCAGAGAAAUCAUACAGGAGAGAAACCGUAUCAAUGCUUGGAGUGUGGGAAGAGCUUCAGUCAGAAUGCGGAGCUCACUAGACAUCAAAGAAUUCACGCAGGAGAGAAACCAUAUCAGUGUUUGCAGUGUGGCAAAAGUUUCAUCCAGAAGAUAAGCCUUACUUACCAUGUAAGAAUCCACACAGGAGAAAAACCAUAUAAGUGUCUAGAGUGUGGCAAGAGCUUCAUUCGGAAGACAAAACUCACAUCCCAUCAAAGAAUUCACACAGGGGAGAAACCAUAUCAGUGCUUGGAGUGUGGAAAGAGUUUCAUCCAGAAAGUAAGCCUUACUUACCACGUAAGAAUCCACACAGGAGAAACGCCCUAUCAGUGCUUAGAGUGUGGCAAGAGUUUUGUUCAAAUGACAAAGCUCACAUCCCAUCGAAGAAUGCACACUGGAGAGAAACCAUAUCAAUGUUUUGAAUGUGGAAAAAGGUUCAGCCAGAGUACGGGACUCACUAGACAUCAGAGAACACACACAGGGGAGAAACCAUAUCAGUGCUUCGAAUGUGGGAAAAGCUUCAGUCAGAGUACAGACCUCACUAGACACCAGAGAAUACACACAAGGGAGAAGCCAUAUCUGUGCUUGGAGUGUGGGAAGAGCUUUGGUCGUAAGAUAAAUCUCACUUCACAUCGAAGAAUUCACACAGGGGAGAAGCCAUAUCAAUGCCUGGAAUGUGGAAAGAGUUUCAUCCAGAAGAUAAGCCUAAGUAGACACCAAAGAAUCCACGCAAGGAAGAAGCCAUAUCUAUGCUUGGAGUGUGGGAAGAGCUUUGGUAGUAAGAUGAAUCUCACUUCACAUCAAAGAAUUCACACUGGAGAGAAUCCAUAUCAGUGCUUGGAAUACAGGGUAUUUGCACUUAGUUUCCCUAACCAAAGAUGGGUUGACAACUUUGUCACACCUAUUCCGGGAGUCUCCAGCAGUAUAUCUGGCUCCAUGAGCUCUUCGUCUCACUGUGGUAUGAACAUUUCAGACUAUCCAUGGCCUGUCUAGUGUGGCAUCGUCUGGACGUGGCACACAAAGCACCUGCUUAAACUCAGGAUUUAUAGAUUUAUGAACGACAAAAUGUUCUCCGGGAAGAUCUGCCACUGAUUGAUGGUUCUUCUCUUUUCUCCUCGCCAUGUUUGAAUCCUACUGUCUCCUCAGACAGUUUGAUCUACCGUGUGUCAGACUGUCCACUUACCUGCCCUCAAUCCUGUGGGUGGGAGGGCUAAGGGAGAGAGAGCAACUGGGCCCAGCACAUCCAGUAAAGUUCACAUGUGAGCUAGAAGCUGAACCCAGGACUCUGUAGCCCCAAUCCAUUGCUUUUACACUCAACGGAGGCUGUCUGACGUAUAGAACUUUUUUCCACAUUGGCCUUUAGGGCUCUUUUUUAUAACAAUAUGUAACUGAAGUCAUUCCAUGAUUAGAGCUUCCAUUUCUAGCUCAGGAUUAAAGUCAUUUCUUGUCUUCGUUCCAGAAAGCCACAGGUGUGAAAUGGUAAAUCAGGACAGACAACGUGGAAGGUCAGGAAAACAAGAGAUGUGAAAAUAGGGGGAAAUCAAGAUGGAAAACUGAAGGAAGAAUUGAUCCUUUGUUUUUUGGCAACAACAUUUCAGUGGAAGAAAAAUGGAUAAAAUACAGGAAAACAAGGGGUGCUGUGUGGGUAGGAAAAUAUCUAAUUCUAAAUUUAACCUUAAAGCAACUUGCAAAAUGCUUCCAGGGGAGAAACUGUAUCCAGUGCUUUGAGUGUAGCUUUCUCAUCAGUGAAAUUGCACAGUGGAGAAAAGUUAGCAGUGCUCAGACUGUGGGAAGAGCCCCAACCAAAACCCACACGCUACUUCUGCACAGAGGGAGGAAACUUCAGCAUUGAGUAGAACGUGCAGAGAACUUCACUAAGGAGAUCUGUCUAAUUUCUCAUCUGCGAAUUCACACUGGCGGAAUCAUAAAACUCUGCAAAAGCAUCAGUAGAAACACAAACCUUGCUUUUAAUCAAAUUAUUGACAGAGGGGAGAAUCUGUUUGGAGUACAGAAGGAAGCUUGAAUCAGAAAACACUUCUCGGUUCAUCAAGUAGCACAUAGGAGAAAUUAUUAUUAUUAUUAUUAUUAUUAUUAUUAUUAUUACUAUUAUAACAUUUCUAUGCCGCCCCUUGCCGAAGCCUCGGGGCGGCUUACAACACAAUAAUGUCAGAAAUGCUUGGCAUGUAGGAAACCUUGCCUCUCAUCAAAAACUCACAGAUGGGAGAAACUCUAUAAAUGCUUAACGUGUAGGAAAAGGUUCAGUCAGAAGACAGAGCUUACCAUGUAGCUCACACAGGGAAGAAACCUUAGAUCUGCUUGCCAUAUGGAAUAAUAAUUGGGAACUAUUUCAUGCUGGAGAAUCCAACAUGAAUGGAUGCAGUUAAAGAAUGCAAGAUGCUUUGACUUGCUUUAGUUCAGGGGCCUGCUAUAUUCUAAAGCUGCCACUGGGUGUAAUAAUUCUACUUUGCAGGGGUCAUCCAGCGAUUUGGAGAUUUACUGGCUAAUAAUUAGAUGUGUUUUUUCAAGUUCAGUGCGUGCCACUUUUGCUAUCUCCAGCUGUUUAGUUUCUUUGGACAAUAUAAUUUUAUUUUUCACACAGUUUUACAUAGGCUAGCACCAAAAACUAGCCACAACUUAAAGUGAUACAUAACUCAGAAGGUAGAAAUAUUAAAGAGCAAAAACUUGUGGGGGGAGUGUAAUCCGUGAAUAUUGAGCAAAGAACUGUGAUUUCUUGAAAAGGAAGGGUACUAAGUCAAUAGGAAGUCCAAUGACAGAAACCAUGUAUGGAAACUGGAGUCUCAGCUCCUAAACAAAUCGAAAUAUUAAAUAAUAAGUUGAAAAUGCACCAUGCAGUAGGAGAGAGAGAUGCAUCCGAAGGUUUAGGCCAGAUGCAAAAUCUGCCAGUUCAAAGGGAAUUUUGAGAAAGGUUAUAUAAACACUUAGUAACAUUAUGCAGCAGCUAUUUCAGCUUGGCUACAGCAGAGGGAAACCUUGCAUGAAGCCCACCUACUUGAAGUUUCAGCUCUGUUUGGUAGCAUUUAAUAAACAAAACAUAGGUUGC